AGCCAUUUUGUUCAUUCAAUCUAUGCAGAUUUCAGUAGCUUGUCUGAUAGCAACUUAUGGGAAUAGCCAAGGGCAAGUGGUUUCCAUGAAGUCUCUCAGAACACUGAGGGCAUUGAGGCCUCUACGAGCCUUGUCCAGAUUUGAAGGCAUGAGGGUUGUAGUAAAUGCCUUAAUUGGAGCUAUUCCGUCCAUCAUGAAUGUCCUCUUGGUCUGCCUCAUAUUCUGGCUAAUUUUUAGCAUCAUGGGAGUGAAUUUAUUAGCCGGAAAAUUUGGGAAAUGCAUUUAUGCUGACAACAAGACAGAGAUCGAUGCAUCAAUUAUAGAGAACAAAACAAUGUGUGAAGAAAUGAAUUCCUCAGAAGCCUACUGGACAAAAGUGAAAGUCAACUUUGACAAUGUUGGUGCAGGAUACUUGGCUCUACUUCAAGUGGCAACAUUUAAAGGGUGGAUGGAUAUCAUGUAUGCAGCUGUGGAUUCCCGAACACUCAUUGAACAGCAGCCGAUUUAUGAAAUUAAUAAAUACAUGUACCUAUAUUUUGUUGUUUUUAUCAUAUUUGGCUCUUUCUUCACUCUGAACCUUUUUAUUGGUGUCAUUAUUGACAACUUCAAUCAACAAAAGAAGAAGUUAGGAGGCCAAGACAUUUUUAUGACGGAAGAGCAAAAAAAAUACUACAAUGCUAUGAAGAAACUGGGCUCAAAAAAGCCUCAGAAGCCAAUCCCAAGUUCGCAGAACAAAUUUCAGGGA